AUGUCAACAAUCCUCGUUACAGGUGCCACUGGCAAGCAAGGUGGCUCACUGAUCAAAAAUCUUCUCAGCAAGAAUGCGCCUUUCCAAAUUCUCGCUGUCACUCGCAACAUUCAGUCACCCUCUGCGCAAAAGUUGCUACAACAAUCGUCUAAGAUUAGUCUUGUACAAGGUGAUUUGAAUCAUCCCGCAGAGUUGUUUAAAAAAGCAAGCAGCUUGAGUGAAGGGCCUAUCUGGGGUGUUUUCAGUGUGCAGGUCGCAAUCGGCAAUGGCUCUUCAGAAGAACCCCAAGGAAAGUCACUUAUCGACGAGUCAAUCAAAAACGGCGUAAAGCACUUCGUCUACAGCUCAGUCGAUCGAGGCGGUGCAAAGUCAUCAGAAAACCCAACUAAAAUCCCGCACUUCAUCCAUAAACACAACAUCGAAAAACAUCUACUAGCAAAUUCCGAUGGAAAAAUGGACUGGACGAUCCUUCGCCCGACAGCCUUCUACGAAAACCUCACACCAGACUUCCUCGGCAAGAUCUUUGCAACAUCCUACGAAAUGGUGAUUAAGGACGCACCACUGCAGAUGGUCGGUGUAAGCGAUAUCGGCGCAGUUGCGGCAGAAGUCUUUAUGAAUGCGAAUGCAUACAAGGGACGUGCUAUCGCGCUUGCCGGUGAUGAAUUGACAUAUGCUCAGGUUAAGAAUAUUUUUGAGAAGAGGACGGGUCAGACAUUGCCUACUACAUUCAAGCCACUUACUGCACUGUUUAUGGCUAUGGUUAAGGACAUGGGGUAUAUGUUUAAGUGGUUCCAUGAUGAGGGAUAUGGGGCUGAUGUGGACGAGGUUAAGAGGAUUCAUCCUGAUGUUAAGGAUUUUGAGACUUGGUUGACUACUGAGAGUGCUUUUGUGAAGAAGUAG